AGUAUCAGAAUUCUCAAGCGAACCACCUUGGCCUGAGCCUUGAACCUCGAUAUAGGUCUCAAUUACCCAUAUUUCUAUGAGCCCUGUUGCACGACUCAAACCCCGUGUUCACACGGAUUGACUCUCGAAAAUGAGAGGUGUACUGGAGCACCCUGGCACCAGCACAUGCAUGCUGUGGACCGCCGACUUGCAGGGACUAAGAGCAGCUUCACCCACCAUGGCGACGUUUGGCGCCUUCAACGCAUUGAAUGAUGCAAUCGCCAGCACACCGUUGAUUGACAACCAUUGUCACAACCUUCUCAAGCCAAAUCAUAGCAACAAAGUGCCUUUACUGUCCAUUGCAUCGGAAGCGCAAGGCGAUAAGGCGCUAGAACACUCCAAAACCAGUCUCGCACAUAUUCGUGCAACAAAAUGCCUUGCACAAACGCUAGGAUGUGAGCGGACUUGGACAGCGGUUGAAUCUGCUGUCGCGGAAGAGCGUGCUAAGGACUGGGAUGCAUGGACUAGGACAUGUCUCGAGGGCAUCCAGACGCUACUUCUAGAUGAUGGGUUCGGGGGCGCCGACGAGAUUCAACGGUAUUCCUGGCACGAUGCGUUUGUCAAAAGCAAAUGCAAGCGCAUCGUCAGGAUCGAGACGGUCGCCAGUGGCAUCUUUGAGAGUGUCCUGUCCACGAGCAAGGGCUCCUCGUCGUCGGAUACACUCCUGCAGGAAUUCCUCAAAGUUUUCGAAAAUGAGAUCAAGCGGUCGAUCGCAGAUCCCGAAGUCGUCGGGUUCAAGUCCGUCAUCUGCUACAGAGGCGGUCUCGAUAUACCUUGGAAAAGCGACAAGCUUUCGGAGAGAGCGAGGCGAGCCUUUCAAUCCAUGGUUGAAAUACACGAGAAACAACGGGGCGAUCCGUUCAAACGUCCCGAGCAUGCGCUGCCGCUCAAUCAUGCCUUAGUUCAUAUGACAGCAAGCAAUAUCAAGCUUAGCAAGUCGGAGUACAAGAAACCGAUCCAGUUCCACACAGGCCUGGGGGAUACAGACAUCAUACUGACCAAGUCUUCUCCGUCGCACAUGCAGACUUUCAUAAGUCAAUACCCGGAAGUACCUAUCGUCCUGCUCCACUCAAGCUAUCCAUGGACCAGAGAAGCAGGAUACCUCGCCACCAUGUAUCCCAAUGUCUACGCUGAUAUUGGGGAGGUUUUCCCUUUUUUAAACCAAGACGGGCAAGAGGGAAUAUUAAAGCAAGUUCUCGAGCUCACUCCUUGGUCAAAAGUCCUCUUGAGUACGGACGGCCAUUCACACCCAGAGAUGUAUCUGAUUGCUUUGACGCAAAUUCGAUCGGUAGUGAAAACUAUUAUUGGAGGACACGUAGCCAGUGGUCAGCUUGAGGAGGGUCAAGCCAUCCAGCUUGUCCAGGACAUCUUUUACAACAAUUCAAACGAUCUCUACAAUCUCGGUCUGAAACCACUGAGUUCUUUGUCCCAAUCCACGGCAGUAGUAAAUCAUGUGGAGGGCAAAGAGGACCUCAAACGAAUGCGAUCGCCGCUCCUCAUCGAGAGGCUUACAUCAUUGGUGGUUGAUCGCAAAUGUAAAUGGCUCAGGGUUUGCUGGCAUGACUACACAUCCAGCACAAGGUGUCGACUGAUACCCUUGCGACGGGUUUUGGACCUAGUGAAGCGUGGCAAACCUGUGACCUGCUCCCUAACCAAUGCCUGUUUCGGCCUGCUGCAGACGGAUAUGAUAAUCCCGAAUGUGUCAUCCUCGGGCGUGUAUGAUCUGCAGAUCAACUUACAUUCCUUGGUAUCUGGCCCAACUGAAGGUCAUGUGUCUGUUUUCUGCGAGGCUAGGAACGAAAAUGGCACGGAGUCUAACCUUUGCCCUAAGACACUGCUCAGAAAGUCUGUAGAAAAUGCAAGAAGUCAUGGUUUAGAGUUUCUCGUGGGUUUCGAGCUCGAGUUCGUUGUCGUGGAACGCAAUCCCGACCGCAACAGUCCCGAGAAAUAUCUCACUCUACGCAACGAUGGCCAUGCGUGGAGCAUGUCCCGCGUCCUCGCCGAUACAGGUCGGGAAGGCAGCUUUAACACCGCCAUCGACGAGAUCCUCGAUGCCCUAACCGAUGCAGGAAUCGAUAUUGAAAUGUUCCAUCCCGAGAACGCCUUAGGCCAGUACGAGAUCGUGUUGCCAGCCAAGUCACCCAUGGAGGCCUGCGAGGCUCUCCUACACACCCGACAGAUCGUCGAAGCUAUAGCAGCCAGGCACGGGUUCAGGAUGACGCUGCACCCUAAGCCGUUCCCGACGAACUGCGGAAGCGCAAGCCACAUGCACAUGUCCAUCGCCUCGCACGGCGGAGACAGGAGGGAGGUCUACGAGCCGUUCUACGCCGGUAUCCUCAGGCACCUCCCGGCCCUCAUCGCCUUCGCAUACAGCAACCCCACGAGCUACGAGCGCAUGGUCGAUUCGGCCUGGGCCGGCGGCCGCUGGGUCACCUGGGGCACCCAGAACAAGGAGGCCCCGCUGCGCAAGUGCAGAGAUAGCCACUGGGAGCUGAAGACGGUCGACGGACUCGCGAACCCCUACUUUGUGAUCGCUGCUGUCGUUUCUGCCGGCACGCACGGGUUUGUGGCCAAAGAGAAGCUGAGGUGGAGUGACUAUCAGGGAGACCCAGCCAAGUUGAGCGAGGACGAGAGGAGGGAGUUGGGCAUCACGACCAUGCUACCCAAGGACUUGAGAGAGGCGUUACAGAUCUUACAGAAGGACACGGAGCUGGUCGGUUGGUUGGGCCGGGAGUUCGUGCAGAGGUAUGUCGAUGUCAAGACCGCCGAGCUUGGCGUGCUAGAGCCUAUGGAGGCGGAGGAGAGGAGGCAGUGGGUUCUUGAGCGUUAUUAGUCAAUUGAAGAGAAUUAUCUCUUUCGUCAUACUGGAUGAUGACAACUUCUAACUUUGACCUUUAGCAGUGCAACAUUCC